AGCUGCUAACCAAACGUAAAAGAAAGUGUAAAAACUGUUUAUAGUAACAAACCGCGAAUAAUUUUACCUGACUAUUUUAUAAAUAGCCGCACUACUAAAAUGAAUGUGAUCGGCACUGAAAUAUUACUCAGUUAAAACGAUUCAAGUUGGUAAGAGCAAUGAAUGGAGUAUAACUUCACAAAGCGUUCCCCGAGUACAACCAGCUACAUUUACUUAUUUAAAUGCACCCUGUGAUGUGAUGGCGUUUCCUCUCCCCAAACCUCAGGUUCCACAGCUCCCUCAGCAUCUCCUCACCUCCAUCGACUGUCAGCAAGGAGCUGUCAGGGCUGUUCGCUUCAAUGUUGAUGGGAACUACUUACUGUCUUGUGGCAGUGACAAAUCUUUAAAGUUGUGGAGUGUGAGCCGAGGGACUUUGCUGAAAACCUACAGUGGCCAUGGAUAUGAGGUUUUGGACGCUGAUGGUUCUUAUGACAACAGCCAGAUUUGUUCCUGCAGCUCUGACAAGACCGUGAUUCUGUGGGAUGUUGCUACAGGCCAGGUCACACGCAAACUCAGAGGGCACGCUGGGAAAGUUAAUUGUGUUCAGUUUAAUGAGGAGGCAACAGUAUGCUUGUCUGGGUCCAUAGAUGGGACAGUGCGGUGCUGGGACACAAGAUCCAGAAGAUUUGAGCCUAUUCAGAUUUUAGACGAAGCAACUGACAGCGUUAGCAGCAUCAAGGUGGUGCAGCAUGAGGUGCUUACUGGGUCUGUGGACGGCAGGGUGAGGCGCUACGACCUUAGAAUGGGACAGCUGCAUGUAGACUUCAUCAGCAGUCCCAUCACCUGUGUGUGCUUCAGUCAGGACGGCCAGUGCACCCUGAGCUCCAGUUUGGAUUCAACAGUCAGACUUCUGGACAAGAGCACCGGGGAAAUGCUGGGAGAGUAUACAGGACAUAAGAUGAAAGGCUACAAGCUGGACUGCUGCCUGUCCGGCAAGGAUACGCACGUCUUGAGUUGCUCCGAAGAUGGACAUGUUUACUGCUGGGACCUGGUGGAGGGGUCUUUGUCCUUGAAACUGCCAGUAGGGAAAGCAGUUGUCCAGUCUUUGUCCUUUCACCCAUCGGAGACCUCCCUCCUCACAGCGAUGGAGGGCCGUGUUCAGGUGUGGGGGACAGAGCCAAAGGAAACAGAGGAUGAAGUGUCGGCCACAUAGUGGGAAUGAAAAUGCAACUAUAGCGUAUUAAGGGACCCUUGCUCUACGGUUAGUCGAGUAAGAUAUCGUCUACUCAACCAAACUGAUUAAGGUCUUGGUGUCUUAAGAACAUCUUACUCCCUCAGUCAGUUUAUGCAUCUGCUUGAAAAAAGAUCAUUGGAUGUUUGCUCCUGGAAUAAGCUGUAAAUUGUCAGUAAUAGGAGCAUUUCCAGCCCGUUCUGUAUUCAGCCAUACAUGGCUUAUUAAAUGAGGUAUGGGUUGGGGGAAGUGGACAGACCUGAGCUAUAAGGUUAUUUAUGAGAUGCACAUGGAAAAUGACCAAAGUUCCUUUACUGAUUUUGUGUUUCAUUGCUCAUGUUGGGUCAGUCAGAAGUGCAAUGUUAAAAAAAUAACUAAACCAGAACGUAUCACUGUACCAACUUUGAUAAUUAAAUGACCACGGAAGAGAAA